AUGACUGAACUGCCUAUUUGUGGCUAUCCUCGCUGUGCUGCAUUUUCGAAGAUGCCCGUGGCAAGGACUGCCGUAUUUGGUACAUCGCUUCGCGUCACGUUGGCGACGUUGGUCAGCCACCUGUUGUUUAACUACUUCUUCAGCCCUCGCUACCUCCAUGGCUACCUAUGGAACAUAAAUAUGAACGUCACUGCGGUGAUCACCGACUCGUCUGUGCCCGCACUGCUCGAGUACCAGCAAGUACUCUUGCCUCCGGCCGCGAACUUGCUCUGCUGUUUUCUCUACGUGCUCGUCGUGCUGAUGUUCCUGAAGAAAAAUGCUGAAAAACAUCUCAGUGCCUGUGCCUUGUUAACGUCCAGCAGUGCAUUCGGUCUGUUCAAUGGCUUGAUGGAAGCACAAGUGAUCUUCUUAUAUCAGGGGGCAGUCAUAACCGUCCUUCAUGUCGCCGUUUAUGCAUUUAUGAGCAUGUUUUUCGUUUCUUUAAUUUUGACAUUUCGAAUAAGAACACGAAAGACCGACCAAAUCAGUAAUAAAUAUGUCGACAAAUGA